AACACCAUUGUGCUACCUUUUUUUAUUUCCAUCAGUCUUUUCUAUAUUAUGUUGCUUAGCAACAUAUUUUUAUUGUAUGUAAAUAAACAAACAAUAUGUUCUAAAACCUCUCUUAAUUUAACAAUAGCUAUUUAUUUAUCGUAAAAAGUUAAAAAGUAACAACAUUAAAUCUGUAUAUAACAUUCUUCUAAUUGAAGAGCACUUAUGUAUGAAAAUAUAAAUAAUGGAGCUACUACCUAUGAAAAUACAGAUACGGUAUUACAAGUUUACAGUAUCCAAGAAAAAAAUGACUGGAUAAUAUACAGCAGAUAUGUUCAACGAGAAUUAGAACUGUGUAAAUUGUUAAUAGAACAAGAGUUAUACAAUUUUAAAGAUAACAGUGAAUUUGCAUUUUACAUACUGGGGUUGAUUUAUCGAGAAGAGGGUAAAAUUAAAAACUCAUAUUGGUGUUUUAAUAAAUAUUUCCUUUUAAAUCCAACAUGUGUUGAAGGAGUGAAACAAAUGGCACGUUCAUGUUUACUUUUGGGGAAAAAUAUUGAAGCAAGAAAUAUGUUUUUGGAAGCGGACAAAAUAUGUAAAGAGCCUGAUACCAAAAUUUAUUAUAAUCUUGGUAUAUGCUAUAUGAAUUUGGGGGAAUGGGAUAAAGCAAAAGAAUAUUUUCAACGUACUAUACAACUAAGCAGAAAUCAAGAAGGUUAUAAAAAAUUAGCAACUAUAUAUGCAAUGGAAAAUAAUUUGAAAAAUGCAAUUGGUAUUUUAAUAUCUGCAACCAAGUUAUUCCCGUUUAAUACAAAUUUAUCUGUUGACCUGGGAUUAUUGUACAUGAAACAACGAGAGUAUUAUCAAGCAUUUAAUGUUCUUGGUAACUCAUUAUGUCAAGACCCAGAAAAUCCAAAAGCACUUCUAACUAUUGCCGCCGAAAUGCAGAGGCAAUGUGGUUACGAUGAGGCAUUAUUUAAGUAUACAAAAGCCAUAACAGAUUUAUCUGAGAGUUCUGAAAUGUGGAAUAAUAUUGGCAUGUGCUUUUUUGGAAAACACAAGUACGUAGCGGCAAUCAGUUGUUUAAAACGGGCUGUGUAUUUACAUUCAUUUAAUUGGAUUGCGUUAUAUAAUUUGGGACUCGUUCAUAUUUAUACUAGACAAUAUGUUUCAGCUUUCAUCUUUCUAACAAAUUCUGCUAAAAUAAAUGCUAAUAAUGCUAAUACAUUUAUGUUAAUAGGAUCUUUGAAUUAUAUGAAUGACAUGAAAAAUGCUGAGAAAGCUUAUCGGCGAUCUUUAGAAUUAGAUUCAAACAAUGUGGAAACUUUAAUCAAUUUAAUCAUUGUUAUACUAAAACAAGGCAAAAUAGAAGAAUCCAUAGAGUAUUUUCAAUUAUUUCAGAAAAAAUGUCUAACUAAUGCAACUUUUGAUAAAGAUAUAGUAGAUUUAGGGAAACAAAUAUCAGACAUACUAGACUCUUACAAUAUCAGUCCAAACAACACAAAAGUAAUCGAGUGAAGGAUAACGCCAAGUGACAUGAUUGAUAAUUAUAAUUUGAUAAUCAAUAGUUCAUUAUAAUAGCUGUC